AUGACCAUAGCCAACCAUAAGGUGUAUCACAUCCUAGUCGACACCGGAAGCUCAGUAGAUGUGAUCUAUUCUGAGGCUUUUGAAAGAAUGAAGAUUUCAAGGUCAUGCCUCAGACCUAUGAAGACCCCCCUAUAUGGCUUUGCUGGAGAAAGGGUGAUCUCCGAGGGAGCCAUCUCCCUCCUUGUGAUCGCGGGAGAAGGACAACAUCAAGUCACCCUCAUGGUAGACUUCCUCAUUGUCAAUGUGCCAUCAGUGCACAACGUCAUUCUGGGCAGACCUUCUCUCAAUGCAAUGAGGGCAGUUGUCUCCACCUAUCAUCUAAUGAUGAAAUUUUCUGCCAAGGGCGGAAUAGGCUACCUCCGAGGCGAUCAGUGCGAGGCUCAGAGAUGUUACGCGAUAGCAGUGAAGAAAGGGUCUGUGAAGCAAGUGCUCACCGUCAACGUACUAGAUCCUGAAGGACCUAUAGAGGACUCAUCUGUGGAAGACUUGGAGAAACAUAGGGAUGUCUUUGCAUGGUCGCAUGGAGACAUGCCUGGUAUCUCUCCCGACGUCAUGGUUCACAGGAUGAAUGUGGACCCGGAUCACAAACCAGUGAAAAAGAAGAGAAGGCCGUUUGACGCCGAACUGUGUGAAGCCAUAGCCGAUGAAGUCUUUGUAUUGCUCAGUGCAGGCUUCAUAGAGGAAGUACAUUAUCCCGAUUGGAUCGCAAAUGUAGUCAUUGUUAAAAAAGCCAAUGGAAAAUGGUGGGUCUGUGUGGAUUACUCGGAUCCGAACAAGGUCUGCCUGAAGGGUAGCUUCCUUUUAUCUUGGAUUGAUCAGCUGGUGGACAGCACAGUGGGGCACGAACUACGCUCCUUCCUAGACGCUUACUCUGGGUACAACUAG